GACCCCGCGGCGCGCCGCCCAUGCGAGACCCCGCGGCCCGGGCAGCGCGCAGCGACCCCCGGCUGGGCCAGGCAUGUGAAGAUGUCAGUGGGCUGUGCAUGCCCUGGCUGUUCCUCUAAGUCAUUCAAGCUGUACUCGCCAAAGGAGCCCCCGAACGGCAACGCCUUCCCCCCUUUCCACCCAGGCACCAUGCUGGAUCGAGAUGUGGGGCCUACUCCCAUGUACCCACCAACAUACCUGGAGCCUGGAAUCGGGAGGCACACACCGUACGGGAACCAGACGGACUACAGGAUAUUUGAACUCAACAAGCGACUGCAGAACUGGACAGAGGAAUGUGACAAUCUCUGGUGGGAUGCCUUCACCACAGAGUUCUUUGAGGAUGAUGCCAUGUUAACAAUCACUUUCUGCUUGGAGGAUGGACCAAAGAGAUACACUAUCGGCCGGACUCUGAUUCCCCGUUACUUCCGCAGCAUCUUUGAAGGGGGUGCUACAGAGCUCUACUAUGUGCUCAAGCACCCCAAAGAGUCCUUCCACAACAACUUCGUCUCACUGGACUGUGACCAGUGCACCAUGGUCACCCAGCACGGCAAGCCUAUGUUCACCCAGGUGUGUGUGGAGGGGCGGCUGUACCUGGAGUUCAUGUUUGAUGACAUGAUGAGGAUAAAGACAUGGCAUUUCAGCAUCCGCCAGCAUCGAGAGCUCAUCCCCCGCAGCAUCCUUGCCAUGCAUGCACAGGACCCUCAGAUGCUGGACCAGUUAUCCAAGAACAUCACCCGCUGUGGGCUCUCAAACUCCACACUCAACUACCUCCGACUCUGUGUAAUCCUAGAACCAAUGCAGGAGCUCAUGUCAAGACACAAGACCUACAGCCUCAGUCCCCGGGACUGCCUCAAGACCUGCCUCUUCCAAAAGUGGCAACGGAUGGUUGCUCCUCCUGCGGAGCCAGCGCGGCAACAGCCCAGCAAGCGUCGGAAAAGGAAGAUGUCAGGGGGCAGCACUAUGAGCUCGGGUGGGGGAAACACCAACAACAGCAACAGCAAGAAGAAGAGUCCAGCCAGCACCUUUGCCCUGUCCAGUCAGGUACCUGAUGUGAUGGUGGUAGGCGAGCCCACGCUGAUGGGGGGGGAGUUUGGGGACGAGGAUGAGCGGCUGAUCACCCGGCUGGAGAACACACAGUUUGACGCCGCCAAUGGCAUCGACGACGAGGACAGCUUCAACAACUCGCCAGCGCUGGGGGCCAACAGCCCCUGGAACAGCAAACCGCCCUCCAGCCAGGAGAGCAAGUCAGAGAACCCCACGUCGCAGGCGUCGCAGUAACGGCCCCCCCGCCGCCCCGUGGACUCAGUCCCAACCGAUCUACCUGUACAUUUGCAACAGAGAGUGACUGGGAAGCGGCGAGGUUCCGGGGGCGGAUCAGCUCCGUGUGGCCCACCAUGGGGUGCAUGGCCCGGGGUGAGCGCCAGGCUGGCAGCCUCCAGCCCUCUCCCCCCGACGCCUGCUCGCUCUCCCCAUGCCUGCCUCCCUGCCGGACCCCAAGACAGGGGUGGGUUUCCAGGGUUGUAGCUUCGUUAUUCCUCAUUCUCCCUCUCUGCUUCUUUCUUGUACAGCUUCUCAUCCCCACCCUGAUGUGCCCAGCCCCUGCCUGCUGAGCAGGGAAAAUUAGUAGGGACGUGUUGGCAGUGGCAUGCAGAUGCCAUGUGUUGUGGUCUGACACCACCUAGAGACCCUUCUCCUUGGGUCCUGCAGUUGGGGGUUGUUGCAGAAGCUGCCUGUAAUGGGGUUGCGUAUUCUCAGUCCAGCCUGGGGCUGGGUGGGUGGAGUGGUGAUGGAAAGCCUUCCCUGUGCCACUGGCUCUGCUAUGGAGCCUCCUCCAGCUGUGGUCAGACCUUGCUGCACUGAGGUGGUGUCGAGGAUAAGGCCCGGUUGCAUUUCCCUGCUCUCCUGCACCCUCCCCUUCCCCUCACUCCGGGGGGCAAGAGCGCAGCAGGGCAAGGGAGGGAGUCUGUAUAUAGAAAGUGCAUGAGGGAGGUCUGGGGGAGGCCAUGGAGGGUCUUUGGCUGUGCUGGAGCAGCCAGUGCCCUUGGCUUCCUGCCCACAGCCCUUGCAUUUCCCCCUACCCUGCGUGAGUCCACCUGGGGCCCCUUUGCAACCCCUGGCUCCUGGUACCUCCUACUUUUGUCUUUUUUUAAGAAGAAAAAAAUAAUAUUAUUAAAACUGUAAGUUUAAAAAAAAAAGAAAGGAAAAAAAAACCCUGGGACGAGCCUCCCCAAGCCCCCUUGCCAGUUCCCCCCUCUCUGCCCUGAGUCCUCUCACCCGGUCCUGACUUUUGUACAGGCUUCUUCUCUUGGGAGUCGCGUUUUAUAUCCAGUUCGGAGAGCUUCAAACCAAGGAGAGACUUUGCAGACUUCCUUUCUAAUCCCUCCAGGGGCUGGGGGCGGCAGCCCCCUGCCUCCCUCCUCAAUGUAAAUCUUGUGUGCUGUUGUCCCUGCUCCCCGCCCCCGGGUUCGUGUACCUCGUGCUUGUACAUUUCCGCGCUGUAGACAGUGUGUAUGAUACUGUUCUUUCAAUGUGUUAUCACUAGAGCAGGUGCCUCCGUCGAUGUUAGGGGAAACAAUGAGAAAAAUAAUAAUUUGGGGCUUUUUUUUUUUGCCUUUUUUUUUUUUUUUUUUUUUUGUUUUUUUGUUUAAAAAAAGAUUCCUUCCGAGGAGGAGAUGGGAGGUGUUGUGGGAGGGCAUUUGUCCUCACCAGCUUCUUGCCCCAGCAGCCUGGGGUGGGGGGUUUUGGAGAGCGCUGGGGUCAGGGCUGUCCAUGAGCACCCCCUGUCACAACCCCGAGGAGGGGUUGCAGCAAGUGCUGCUGUGGGGGUGGUUGUAGUUGGGGGUGGGGGGACUGCCUUGGCUUGGAAGAGUGAGUGUGUGCAAGAAUGCGUGCGUGAGAGGUUUGUGUGUCUGUCCGUGCAUGUAUUAGGGAGUCCUGUGGCAGGUGGAGCAGCCCUGCGGUUUUGGGGGGCAGGGACUAUGCACCCUGUUCCCUGCCAGACCCCUCCAGCUCCCAACCAGGAGUCUCGCAGCACAUGUCCAGCUGCUCCAUGGCACUGGAGGCUGGGUAGGUGUCACUGAGGGGUUGCCCCCAGCACCAGGUCUUUGGUUGUAGUGGGGGUGUUGCCUGCACCCUCUGUCUCGCCUACUCAUGGCUGAGGCUGCAGGGGGUUGUUAACCCCAGUGGGGGGCACACCUUAUGUCCCCCCCUCCUCCUGUUGUUCUUGAGGUCAGUCAGGGAGAUGGGAACCCCUUAGCUCAGCCCAGGUCUGAUCCCAAGCCCAAAAUUCCCAGAGAGAUGGCUGUGUUGCUCCUGGGCCCCUCCUCAGGCAGCCCAGAGGUGGGGAGCUCAGCUCUGUGGACCCCCAGCCACAAACACGGGGGGUCGGCCCUGGCCCCUUUGCAAGUGGGGGUGGGCUCCCAGAGUGGGAGCCCAGUGUGGUGGGGAAGGGGUCUUUGCGAUUGAGGUACGAUUCUUGCUGCCACACUGCUGGGCUCCUGUGGAGGGCAUGGAGCCCCCCGCUGCCCCCUGGGCACACUGUAAUGCCUUCUUAUUUCUUUUUUUUCCUUUUUUUUUUUUUUCCUUUUUUUUCCCCUCCCCUCCCCUCCAUAGUUUGUGCCAUUUAUGAGUCAUGUAUGGUACCAAUAAAACAACUUUUCGGUUU